UCAUUAUUGAUUCAUAGCUAUUCCGUAACCGAUCCCCCGAGUGCUGACACAUAGACGGCAUACAACGGACGUCCAGACGGGUUUUACAUGAAUAAUUAGUAGAACUUACUCGGGGGCGCUUAUUACAUUCCACUGGUAUUCACUCCAUUCCCGACUCUGAAAGCAAUGUUGAUAUUAGUGAGGCUAGCGCUUGGUUCACUCGUUCUUUGCAACUCUGCAUUUGCUUUGAUUCGAUGUAGAAAAUGUGAAUAUGACUUUGAGACAGAUACGGAGAGUUGUGGUGAAGAUUGCUCAGGAACGUUAUGCUUUUAUUCCGAAUACUAUUAUGUUCAACCAGAGCGUCUUUUUACAAGAAAGGGUUGCAUAAGCGGUACAGCGCCGUCAAUGGGGUGUCGAAGUAAUCAGGACGGUCAGGUGUUGUGUCUGUGCGACACUACGUACUGUAAUCGGGACGAGCAUGUACUCAAGUCAACACAGCCAACACCACUGAAUCUACAAGUUUGUAAACGGGAGCUGAACAAUGGCCUGGAGAAGCCAUCACGAUGGGUAAAUCCAUGUGCUGGAAAUUUUUGCGUUUUCAAAAGAACUCGAUAUGCUCUGGAAAAUGGAACGAAAAUCUAUGCACAAGCAAAGGAUUGUACGACAAGUAGCGAUUUUGACCUGUUUCAAUCCCAACUACCGUUUCUGUUCUAUCCAAACACUUGUGCAAAACUCGAAUAUGGUGGUCAACCCGAUGAAACCUUGUGCUAUGGAACAAUGGCUGACGACAGAGAAGCCGUGUUUCCUGCAGAAAAUUUGGUAGAAUGUCAUGCCGACUUCCUUUCUCGUCAUCUACCAUACAUUCCAGUUAUGAAGUUAUGUAGAGGGCAGUAUUGCGUCAUUUCCGCUUCGCCUCAAGGAGAUGUCUAUAGGGGUUGCAUGACAUUGGAUCAGACGAAAAACGAGGCUCAAAAUAUAGUUCCCGGUUACUAUCAGUCGUACAACGGUGUAGAACAAUGGGUUUGUGCCACAUCAAGUUGUAAUUAUGAUUUGCAAAAGAUGGAAGAAUCAUGGCCGGAAGAAAUGGCUCAAUACAAAAACAUCUCGAAACUUCGAAUUAGUGGUCUCUUCGAAGAACUCAACACUGGAAGUAGCUCAACCACAUCUUGGCUGUGUGCAGUGUCAUUAUUAAUAGCAGGACUUCUUUUAUUGAUUUAUUGA